GUCGGGAGAACAUUUCUCUGAGAAAGCGAGCUCUCAGGUCCUGCUGCUGGUGAUCAUCUGUCCGGUGGAACUAAGCGGGCAAGGCCUUUUUGUCCUGGCAUCUCCUGAGUGGGAGCAAUCCUUGGACGCAUCCAGUAUUGGAGGUCCUGGAUAUAGGAAAUAUGAAUGACUGGCAGAGGAAAAGCCCUCUAGACUGGGAAACGUAUGUGAACAAAUUGGUGAAAGUUGUUGCUGUUGAGAAACAUGAAUAUGAAGGAUGGGUUUUAACAGUUGACCCAAUUUCUGCCACCAUUGUCCUUGCAACAUUCCCAGAGAACGAGAAAGGGUCCCUAUCAUUCAUUAUGGGCCACGCCAUCCAAGAGGUCGAAAUACUGCAGGAAGUGGACAGUGACAUGAAGCAGCGCCUCGCUCACAUCUCCGCACCCGAGGAAAGCCAAGCCUAUAGCCCGGAGGAGCUGGAGAAGAGGAAGAACGCCUUGAAGACUUGGCUGGAGACAAACCAUAUCCCCGUGGUCGAGCAGGGGGAGCAGGGCAGGACGCUGAGCGUGGCGGGGGUGCUGACCAUCGAGCCCCCGUACAGCCCCGAGCAGUGCAGCAGCGCCAACGAGAUCAUCCUGUCCCGCAUGCAGGGCUUGCUGCAGGGCUACCUCGACCAGCAGCCCCCAAGCCCUGCUGAGGAAGCCUUUUGUCUCUAGGAACGCUCCUGCUUUAGGAACUCUCUGUUUUUAGAACUCUCCUGGGCAUCACUAUUCACUAUUUGCAGAAAUGCUACGUUUUGGGUACUUUUGUCUUGACUUUUUUGUGCGUAAAGAAAGGGAUAAAAGAAGAAGUAUAAACUCAAAGCACAAGCAUUUUUUCAUGCGCUGUUUUUAUUAGAAGCAAAGCUGUUGGAUAAUGCUGAUGUAUUAAACUGAUUUGUCAGUUCAACUUGUCAGUUUAGAAUUUUUGUAACAGUAUUGUAUAAGAUGAUAUAGAAUACAUUUACUGUUCUCCCUUUAAAACUAGUUUAAUUAUCUAGUGCUGAAGGCAUGUUUAUUUGAACUGCAUACCAGAUUUUUUUCUUUUCUUUUUUUUUUUUUUAAUAAAGAGAAUUACGACAUCUGUACUUCCCAAACCAAAUUUUAAAAAAUGUUCAUAAAGCUGUUUUGAUUUGUUGCUUUUGU